GCUUGACAAGGGGAAAAAAACAAGGAAGAGCUCACAAGUGGGCAGGUCAGUGUGUAUGUUCACUUGCCCAGAUUGUUCUUGGAGACGAGUUAAAAAAAGGAGCUUACCCAGCUGGUGGGUUUUUCAAUACGGAUAUGGACGUCCCGGAUUCUCCACAUGGGAAUAUGGGGCUGUUAAAGACCUUUGAUUGCUCUGAGUUUGGCAGCUGGGAGAAAAUAGGGUCAGGUGGAUUUGGACAAGUAUAUAAAGUUCGGCACGUACAGUGGAAAACAUGGCUGGCUAUCAAGUGCCCACCCUGUCUUCAUGUGGAUGAAAAGGAGCGCUCAGAGCUACUAGAGGAGGCUAAAAAGAUGGAGGCAGCCAAGUUCCGAUACAUUCUUCCUGUGUAUGGGAUCUGUGAGGACCCCCAGGGCCUUGUCAUGGAGUACAUGGAAACUGGCUCCCUGGAGACCCUGCUGGCCACCGAGCCGCUGCCCUGGGAGCUCCGCUUUCGCAUCAUCCAUGAAACUGCAGUGGGAAUGAACUUCUUGCACUGUAUGAACCCACCGCUGCUCCACCUGGACCUGAAACCGGCCAACAUCCUGCUGGAUGCACACUAUCAUGUCAAGAUAUCUGAUUUUGGUCUGGCCCGGUGGAAUGGCCUGUCACGGGCUGAUGACAUCAGCAGAGAUGGCUUCUGUGGCACUAUUGCCUACCUGCCACCUGAAAGCAUCAUCGAGAAGGACAGAGUGUCGGACACCAAGCACGAUGUAUACAGUUUCUCUAUUGUCAUCUGGGGGAUCCUCACACAGAAGAAACCCUAUCAAGGAGAGAAUAACAUCCUUCAGCUCAUGGUGAAGGUGGUGAAGGGGGUUCGUCCAGACCUGGGGGCUGUCCCACGCUGUCGACUUUCAGCCUGUGCAGGGUUCUUAAGCCUCAUGCAGCGCUGUUGGACCACAAAACCUGAGAACAGACCCAGCUUCCAGGAAAUCACAUCUGAAGCUGAGGAGCUCUGCUCUAAACCCCAAGAGGAGCCGAAAACGCCAACAUUGUCAACGUCGGAGCCAGAGCCCACAUCACCUAACACACUUACUAGUGACCAGGUUAAAGACAACAAGCCGGUGCGUCCAAAGUCAGCCAUGUUGCCGGAAAAAGACUACAGCCUGUCAGAACUGUUAAGCCAAGUGGAUUCUGGGAUCUCUAGAAGCUUUGAUCGAGUGAAGGAGGAUAGCUGCCACAGCAAAGAGAACACUUGCAAGAGACUUUCUGGCAUCUCCUCAGCUGAUUCAGCCUUCUCUUCUCAAGACUCCAUUACACUGUCUUUUGAGAAAGAAAACACAUGUGAUUCUGCUGAGGUCCAGAGACGGAAACUAUGUGAGGCCAUCAGAAUGAAAGACACUGCCAAGUUAAUGAAGAUCCUUCAGCCUCAGGAUGUAGAUCUUCUACUAGAUGGAGGAGAUAGUCUGCUUCAUCAUGCCAUUACCUUGGCCAAUGAAGAGGCUGUCAAGUUCCUCCUCCUGAACAAUGCCAAUCCCAACCUUGCAAAUGCCCGUGGCUUGACACCGCUGCAUCUGGCCACAGAGAGGCAUCUAAAGUCCCUGGCAGAACUUCUACUUGGUCGGCGUAGCACCAACGUUAAUGCCAAGGAUGAAGACCAGUACACAGCUUUGCACUGGUCUGCCCAGAAUGGGGAUGAAGCCAUUACACGUCUGCUUUUGGACCGGGGGGCAGCCAUCAAUGAGACCGAUGGCCAAGGACGCACACCAGCUCAUGUUGCAUGCCAGCACGGCCAAGAGAACGUUGUCCGUGUGCUGCUGAGCCGUGGUGCUGACGUCCGAAUCAAGGGUAAGGACAACUGGACAGCGCUCCAUUUGGCUGCCUGGCAAGGGCACCUGGGCAUUGUCAAAUUGCUGGUCAAACAGGCCGGCGCUGAUGUGGAUGGGCAGACAACAGAUGGUCGUACACCACUGCAUCUGGCAUCGCAAAGGGGGCAGUACAGAGUGGCACGGAUCCUGAUUGAACUUGGAGCGGAUGUUAACACGAUGUCUGCCGAGUUAAACACACCUCUACACGUGGCAGCAGAGACGGGUCACACCAGCACCUCUCGCCUUUUGAUCAAACACCAGGCUGAUAUCCAUGUCCAGAAUGCCCAAGGAUUCACUCCUCUCCACCUAGCCUCCCAGCGAGGCCACCUGGCCACAGUCAAGAUGUUGAUAGAAGAGGGGGCAGACCCCUACAAAUCCAACCAGGCUCUGCGCACCCCUUGCCACAUGGCAGCAGAGAAUGGACACUGUGAAGUCCUGAAAGAGCUGCUCCUUCACUGCCCAGAUGCUGGCACUCUGUCAGAUGAACAGGGGCUGAGCCCAUUACACCUGGCAGUGCAGGGUGGAUACUCAAACAUCAUUACUAUGCUGCUGCCACAGGACUGCAAAGACUUAGUUACUGAGAGCUCAGUGCAACCAGCAGCUGAACAGCUCGCAACACCGGAGGCUAAGCAGCUUCAGAGGAAAGUUGUCAUUCUCAAACUGACACAACACAAUGACAAAGACUUUCCACAAUCUACCAGCUCACAGUGUGCCUCAGCACCCUGUUAACGGAGCAAAGACACUGCCAAGACUGUACAGAACUGUCUUCAAUGUUAUUUUUUAUACUCCAUUCACGCCUCAGAGUUUGGAAGGGUCGCUCCAAACUUAAGAGAUUUUUUUGGACUUAAAAGCCCUUCAGCGCUGUAGGUAUUUCCUAACAGUCAUAAAAGCUUUGUAAAUAUGUACACUGUAAAUAGGAACUAUAAAUACUGUGUUAUGUUUGAAUUUAGUGUACUUUUUUACUUAACAAGCACAUUUUUUUACUUAACAAGCACAUUUUGUCAUGAGACAAAUUACAAAUUAUGAUUGUCCUUUGGGGAUCUUUCACUGUACUGUGCUGCAGCUGGUAUGCCUCAAAGUUAUAUUUAAUAGAGCACAAACUUUGAAAACAAGCCUUACUAGGUGAAUGCUGUAGAUCAUCGUCAUCAUUUUUUUUAAAAAAAACUUUGACCUUCAGUGUUCUGUACCUGUUACAUAUCAGUGCUGCAUCAUCCAUUAAAUUUUUUUAAACCUUU